AUGGUGCAUUGGAUAAUAUCAGAUUUACCACUUGAUUUCAUGAAUAUCUUCACGUAUGUUUGUACAACUAUCAAUGUUUUGGUUUUUGUACUGGAACCUACGUUCCCUUGGUUAAUUUUUGCUAUGGUUAUGUUAUUCACGAUUAUUGCUAUCUUGAUUGCUUCAAUAACUAUUCACUUUAAACAAAGGAUGAACUUAUAUGAUAAAGGUAUAGAGAAGAUUAUUAUUCCCGAAUUUAUAGAGCAAAGGCCUUUUAGAGAAGCAAAUUUAAUGCAAAAAGAUGAAAUAUUAGCAGUCAUAUUAAGACACGUAAAUACGAAAUUCGUUUCCCAAAUGAAGAAACAAUAUACUUUUAAGAACAUAGAACAAUUAGUGAAAUGUCAUGAUUCUAUUAUUGCAGGAUUCACUAAGAGAUAUUUUGAAAAAUANACAUUCAAGGCUGGGAUAGAAUGUUAUUAA